GUGCAAUGAGCUAAUGGCGUAACCGGGAACACGAGGCCCUGAAACCUUGGCCUCGAGUAACCCGCCGUGACCACCACCCCAUCGUGACGUCUGCAUCCGCAUCACCCACGUGUCGCCCAAAACACGUCCGAGUACGUGCACUUGGGUAACGUGGUCGUCGUUCGCAACGACGACAUGUCGUUUUUGCUGAGCAGAGGCGGCCGAAAGGGGCCCAUCAUCUGUUUCGUCGGCCUUCUUCUCAUCUUCGCCCUCUAUCAGCUAGGCAUCAUCUGCGGAUCGAUGAAGUACGUGCCAACGGCGAUGAUGAUUGCCAAAGAGAAAUACGUGGUGGGCCCGUUCGAUCACAAACGAUACACGUACGAUCGUUACAUGCCGCUAAUUUUCAUCGGUGGCGUGCCACGAUCGGGAACCACUCUUGUACGCGCCAUGCUAGACGCACAUCCCGAUGUCAGAUGCGGGCAGGAGACACGGGUGAUACCGAGGAUUCUGCAGAUGAGGAUGCAUUGGCUCAAGUCCGAGAGGGAGAACCUGCGUCUUUCGGAAGCGGGAAUUUCGAAAGAAGUAAUGGACAGUGCUAUAGCGGCGUUCUGCUUGGAGAUAAUAGCGCGACACGCGGAACCAGCGCCACGGUUAUGCAACAAGGAUCCCCUCACCCUGAAGAUGGGAUCCUACAUUCUCGAUCUCUUUCCAAAUGCCAAGUUUAUCUUCAUGAUCCGCGACGGCCGUGCCACCGUGCAUUCCAUUAUCUCGAGAAAGGUGACCAUAACGGGUUUCGAUCUAUCCUCGUAUCGACAGUCGUUGAUCAAAUGGAAUCACGCGAUAUCUAUAAUGUAUGGCCAGUGUAAAGAAAUCGGGUCGGACAAGUGUCUAAUGGUCCCGUACGAGCAAUUGGUGCUACAUCCACGUCAAUGGAUGAAGAAGAUUCUAAACUUCCUCGAUGUCCCUUGGAACGAAUCUGUGAUGCAUCACGAGGAAUUUAUCAACAAGCCAGGCGGCGUUCCGCUGAGCAAGGUGGAAAGAUCGUCGGAUCAAAUUAUAAAGCCGGUCAACCUGGAGGCAUUAACCAAAUGGGUAGGCCACAUUCCGGAUGACGUGGUUAGAGAGAUGCCUGACAUCGCGCCGAUGCUUUCUGUGCUCGGCUAUGAUCCUUAUGCUAAUCCACCGGUGUAUGGAGCGCCGGAUAGACUGGUUAGCGAAAAUACUAGACGAGUAUUGGCGAAUGGCGAAGUAUGGGCAGCCAGGGCGCGCCAAUUCUCUUUGGAGAAACUGAUUGAGCUAAGCAAAGAGGACGAGGCCACCAACGCCCCAAACGCGUGACCUCGGAUAUAUCUUUCCCUUAGGCACGCAAAUCUUGAAUCUGUACAAUUUCUGUAAUGUCUAACGACAAUUUUGAAAGAGACAAUUUGUAAUGAAAAUCAUAAUGAAAGAGCGUCAAAAAAGUUUCUUUCAUUCGAAGUCAGAGUCGCACUCAAACGCUUAUUGUCGAGGGAAUUCGAAAAUAGCGAAUUGUAACUUGACGAACAAAAGAGAUCCGACUAGAUUAAGAUUAAUUCUCGAUUAAUUAUGCGUACACGUUCGAUUACGUCGGCUCACAGACACGGAAUUGUGGAUUACUGUGCUAAUUUUUUUUUUUUUAUUAUGCUGCGGACAUAGUUGCCCUCUUUGUAUGUGUUAACCGGUAAAUGUUUAACUUCCACUCGAACCGUGAAUGUAAUAACUUUGCUCACUUUGCGUGAUUCGGUUCUAUGGAACCUGUACGAUUUCACAGUUGAACGAUUAUCCGCUGAAUCAAGCAAAGUGUUAAAAGUGCAACAAAAAUGCAACAAAGUGCAAAAGCGAAACGCCAUGCUAUUUUUUAAUUGCUUUGGUUUUUGUUCGUUUCUUUUUUAUUAUCGAAACUGAUGUAAAUUUUACCGAGUACGUUGUGUUGAGGCACUUUUUGCAUAAUUUUAUCCGAUGGCCAGUGAUAAGAAUCUAGGCUAUGGAGUUAUAAUAUAAAAAGUGUAUAAUGUGAAUGUCGUGUUGAAUGUCGUGGAGCGAAAGUAUUGAAUUGAUGCGAAUAAAAAUCUAUGUACUAUAUUUUAUAUUGUAAUGCAAAAUAAUUUUUAUGACAUUCUACAUAAGAAAAAAAAAUAUGUUUCUACGUGUAAUACUUAUUUUGAAACAUGUGCGUUAAUACAAAUCUAAAA